UCACGUAAAUUAUCCAAUUAUGUGUUACUCUUGUGAGGAAACAUUGGAUCCAAAAUCCUGCAGACACCUAGUGACUUGCCAAAAAGGAUUUGGUUGCAUGUUACAAGCGGUUGGACACAACGCGGAUUUGCAAACAGUAUACAAAUCUUCGUGUGAACCUGACUGGCUUUGUAACAGAAUGCCCCACUCCUCUGAUGAAUUGAUAGGGAAAAGAGCAGGAACACCGGAGGUGGCAAAACGGUCUAGCACAUGCAACAAAUGCUGUCAUCAACAUCUGUGUAAUGGUCACUGUGAUAAAUCAACACAACAUGUGUCACAACACCACACAACACCAACCCCCAUACCAACAACCCAUAAAACAACAACACACACCAGACCGACGACUACGAAUACAUUUUCAGCGACGCCACUUCAUGUUAAAACACAUGCACCUACUUUCGCGCAUGCGCAGCCAACUGUACAUUAUAAGCAUGAAAACUGUAUAAAGCACAAUUUCACCAGUAUCCCGUACAUCAACCUGUGUUUUAAACUAGAGACGGUCUCUUUAAGCUGGACGGUUGCUGAACGCUGGUGUGGAUUCUACGGGGCUACAUUAGCAGUGCUGGACGAGCCCGGCAAGUUCAGUGUCGUUGAGACGGUCCUUAGAUAUGAACCCCAUUUUCGAAACGAAGUCGUUUAUACCGGUGGGCAUGAUCAAUACGGAAAUGGUACCUUUUACUGGCCGCACCAACGACUUCUUUCUUUAGGAAGUUGGUCGGGUUUGAACUUCCAACGUUCAACGGGAAAGUGCAUUGCUCUGGAUGGGACAAACGGAUUCCGAAUGGCUUUUGUUGACUGUGAUAAAUAUAGAAAGUUUAUUUGUUCAAUAGAUACGUCAUAACAAUA